CUAAGCUGCGAACGGUGGCAAGGAACCGAAAUGGAGCGAGGACUACACGAUCGCGAUCGGGUAGGCCUGCAAGAUCAGGUGCUACUGGAGAACUAUCAAAGUGAGGAUGCGUUCAUCGACAAUCUGCGGAAACGGUUUCAGGAGAACCUCAUCUAUACCUAUAUUGGCCAUGUUCUGAUAUCGGUAAACCCGUACAAGGAGCUCCCGAUCUACACUGAGAGUGACGUCAAGGAGUACCGGAAGCGACACUUUUUCGAGGCCCCACCACAUGUGUUCGCGCUGAGCGACAACGCGUACCGCUCGCUGACGGAGGAAAACCGAGGCCAGUGUAUUUUAAUCUCGGGCGAAAGUGGCUCGGGCAAGACGGAAGCAUCGAAGAAGGUGCUACAGUUCAUAGCGGCGGCCACCGGGCACACGCACAAUGUCGAGGGUGUCAAGGAUAAGCUGCUGCAGAGCAACCCGGUACUGGAGGCGUUCGGAAAUGCGAAGACGAACCGUAACGACAACUCGUCCCGGUUCGGCAAGUACAUGGACGUACAGUUCGACUUUGCCGGUGUGCCCGAAGGUGGUAAUAUUCUAAAUUAUCUGUUGGAAAAAUCGCGCGUCAUACAUCAGAGCGGUGGGGAGAGGAAUUUUCACAUCUUCUAUCAGCUGCUGGCUGGUGCGGACGAUAAUCUGUUGCGUGAACUGCACCUCAAAAGAAACCUGGAUACGUACUACUACCUAAGCGAUGGGGCUAAUGGUAAUGUGCCGAAUAUCCGCGAUGCGGACAACUUCCGCGUAGUACAGAAAGCGAUGACCGUUAUAGAGAUCCUGGAACUGGAACAGCGACAGAUUCUGGAUAUUGUAGCUGCCAUACUGCAUAUGGGAAACGUCGGUUUCACCGAGGAGGAAGGCAAGGCGAAAAUCCUUAAACCAGAGUCAGUGACAGCGAUUGCGAAGCUGCUGGGUUGUAAUGAGGAGCAGUUAACGAACGCAUUUACCCACCGUACGAUUGAGGCCCGGGGUGAAAUAGUGACGAGUCCGUUGAACCGCGAUCUCGCUAUCUAUGCCCGCGAUGCUCUAGCUAAGGCCGUGUACGAUCGCUUAUUUAGCUGGCUGGUGUCACGCAUCAACACCUCACUGCAUGCGGCGGAUCUGGCCAAGAAGAACAGUGUGAUGGGUAUACUGGACAUCUACGGGUUUGAGAUAUUCAAGAAGAACAGCUUCGAACAGUUCUGCAUCAACUUCUGCAACGAAAAGCUGCAGCAGCUGUUUAUCGAGCUAACGCUGAAGCAGGAGCAGGAGGAAUAUCUGCGCGAAGGCAUUGAGUGGGUACCGGUAGAGUACUUCGACAACAAGGUGAUUUGCAACCUGAUCGAGGAGAAGCACAAGGGCAUUAUUGCGCUAAUGGACGAGGAAUGCCUGCGACCGGGCGAUCCUACCGAUUUGAGUUUCCUCACGAAGAUGAACGACAAUCUGGGUUCGCAUCCGCACUACAUUUGUCACAGCCGCGCUUCAACGACCGUGCAGAAAACGAUGGGUCGUGAUGAGUUCCGGCUGGUGCAUUACGCCGGUGACGUCACGUACAGCGUGCAUGGCUUCCUGGACAAAAACAAUGAUUUGCUGUUCCGCGAUUUGAAGGAGGCAAUGGCGGAGUGUAGCAACGGUAUCAUCAAAAGCUGUUUCCCUGCGUCCGAUAUCGGCAGCAAGCGGCGUCCGGAGACGGCUGUGACGCAGUUCAAGAACUCCCUCAACAACCUGAUGGACAUUCUGAUGUGCAAGGAACCAUCGUACAUCCGGUGCAUCAAGCCGAACGAUCUGCAGACACACAGCCAGUUCGAUGUGGAGCUGGUGCGGCAUCAGGUGAAGUACCUCGGACUGAUGGAGAAUUUGCGCGUCCGACGAGCCGGUUUCGCUUAUCGCCGUACGUACGAACUGUUCCUCCAGCGCUACAAGUGCCUCAGUAAACAAACCUGGCCACACUUCCACGGUCCGGCCAAGGAUGGUGUGCAGAUACUGGCGGACGAGCUCGGUUACGAAAAGGACGACUAUCGCAUGGGCAAGACGAAGAUUUUCAUUCGCUUCCCGAAGACACUGUUUGACACGGAGGAUGCGUUCCAGGCGAAGAAACAUUAUCUGGCCUCGAUCAUACAGGCCCGGUGGAAGGGUCGUCGGCAGCGACAUGCAUAUCUCGCAAUCCGCGCCAAGAUCAUCGUCGGCCAGACGUAUAUUCGGCGCUAUUUGGCUAUUCAGGAGCUGAACCGACGCCGAGAAGCGGCCGCAAAGAUUCGGUUCUUCAUCAAGGGCUUCAUCACACGGCACGACGAACCGAACGAAUGCAAUCGAUCCUUCAUUCAGCUGACCAAGCGUCACUGGUUGCUUAAGCUGUCGAAAAGUCUCCCCGAGACGUUCAUGAGCCAUACCUGGAUAGCGGCACCAAAGCAUUGCCAGGAGGCAUCGACGUUGUUGCGCAAAAUGCACAAACUCCAUCUAGCCCGCUGUUAUCGCGUGGGCCUGAACGCGGAAAAGAAGCGUCAGCUCGACCUGAAGGUCCUGUCGGAGUCGGUGUUCAAAAACAACAAGCGCAACUACCCGGAAAGCAUCGGACCGUGGUUCGUGGAUGAUCGGAUUGCCAAGCAACACGCCACGCAAAUCUCCAACUUCACCGUCACGCAAAUGAAUGGUGAAAAAUUGCAUUACUCCACGCCGGUGGUGAAGUACGAUCGACGGGGUUAUAAACCACGCGAGCGCUUCUUCCUCCUGUCAAGCAAGGCGGUCUAUCUGCUCGAUGGGAAAACGUACAAGCAGAAGCACCGGCUGCCGCUGGACAAGAUCGACUUUUGCAUUACGAACGAGAGGGACGGCAUCAUGCUGAUUCGGAUUCCGCUUGAGCUGAAAAAGGACAAGGGCGAUCUUAUACUGGACAUUCCGGACAUCAUCGAGUGCUGCAUAUGGAUACUGGAUGUUACCAAAAAUCGCAACAUCAUUAACAUCGUUGACACGGGAUCGCUGUCCCACAACCUAGUCAGAGGCAAGACUGGCGUCAUCGAAAUACAGACGGGUCCGCAGCCCAGCAUCACACGGGCAAAGAGUGGAAAUUUGUUGGUUGUGAGUAUAUCCCUGCCGUGA